GCUUUGGGAGGCUACUCGCCUACUCCCCUUCUCUUCGGCUCUACCUUAGUCACCGAGCUUGAAGUCCUUCAAAUCCUCAUCUCCGUUAUCGCCGGCGGUGAGAAUCAGAGGGUAGGAAAGGGAUGACGCUCACAGUUUAUGUUGAUCGCAUGUCCCAACCUUCUCGGGCAGUCCUCAUUUUCUGCAGGGUAAAUGGGAUAGACUUUGAGGAGGUCCAACUUCAGCUUGCUAAGGGCCAGCACAAAUCUCCUGAGUUCAAAAAAAUUAACCCCAUGACACAGGUGCCUGCUAUUGUGGAUGGAAGAUUCAAACUGUUUGAGAGUCAUGCAAUUCUCAAAUAUCUAGCUUGUUCCUUUCCUGGAGUUGCAGAUCAUUGGUAUCCGUCUGAUCUAUUCAAAAGAGCAAAGAUAGACUCGGUGCUAGAUUGGCAUCACUCUAAUUUACGACGUGGCUCAGCUCGGUAUGUUUUUAAUAGCACACUCGCAACUGCAUUUGGCCUGCCAUUGAACCCGGAAGCUGCAGCUGAAGCUGAGAAGCUCCUGUUGGCUUCCCUUGAUAAGAUCGAAUCGUUUUGGCUCCAGAGAAAUGGGCGUUUUCUGCUUGGAAGCUCUCAACCUUCAAUUGCAGACGAUAGCUUAGUGUGCGAAAUUAUGCAACUUGAGAUUGUGGAAGAGAAGGAUCGCGACAGAAUACUAAGCCCAUACAGUAAAGUCCAGAAAUGGAUCGAUGACACGAAGAAAGCAACAAUGCCUCAUUUUGAUGAAAUACAUGUCGCCCUCUUUCAACUCAAACAAAGACUGCAGAAACAGCGAUCUGAACGCUCGAACUUGCAUUCAAAGAUGUAAGAAUCUGAUGCCAAAAGUUUCUUAUUGCUUUGUAGUAUUGAAUGAACUGUGAACCUUCAUGGGUAAUCUUACCCCUCUAGAGACAAAUGGAUGUGUAAGUAAGCCAGCCAUAAAAAUAGACAUCUAUGUUCUAAUUACUAUACAUUUGAUUUGAUUUCUUACUACAUAUAUUACACUUCAGUUGUUGGUA